AUGGCCGACCUCAUCGGCCUCCCUUUGGUGAGAGGCCAGGUCCGCCGACUCUGGAUCGCUUUCCUCCACCUCCUGCUCGCGGCCUCGGCGUGCGCCUACAUGCCGCUCUCCGACGCCGCGCUGCGCAAUGUCACAGUCUCCGAGGCCGACUUCGACAUCCACGCCGGCCCGCUCCUUUCCCCCCUCCUCAUCCCCCGGGUGCCCGGCACGGACGGCCAGCUCCAGACGCAGCGCCACUUUGUCGACUUUUUCACCAAGUCUCUGCCGAAAUGGACCGUGCAGUGGCAGAACUCAACCGAUAAGACGCCCGCGACGGGCGACGCCAACGUGCCCUUCCAGAACCUCAUCUUGAGGCGCGAGCCGCCCUGGACGAAGCCCGGCCAGGCCAACUAUCUCACCCUCGUCGCCCACUACGACAGCAAGUACGAGCCCGCGGGCUUCAUCGGCGCCACCGACAGUGCCGCGCCGUGCGCGAUGCUCAUGCACGUCGCCAAGGCCCUCGACCCGUACUUGACCCAGAUGUACGAUGAGAUGGUCGCCCUCGGUGAGCUGGGCGGCACCGUUCCCAUGGACAUGGGCCUCCAGAUCCUCUUCCUCGACGGCGAAGAGGCCUUCAAGUCAUGGACCGACACAGACUCGCUGUACGGCGCGAGGUCCCUGUCAAAUGAGUGGGAGCACACCUUCAACCCGGCCAUGUCGCACUACAAGACGCCGCUCGAGCAGAUCAGCGCCUUCGUGCUGCUGGACCUGCUCGGCUCCGCGGAGCCCCGGAUCCCGUCCUACUUCCAGUCCACCCACUGGGCCUACCAGGCCAUGGCCAAGGUCGAGCAGCGCAUGCGCGACCUCGGCGUGCUCGAGACCAAGCCCAAGAACCCGUUCCUCUACGACGCCGAGAAGAGCCCGCAGAUGUUCGGCCACAGCGGCAUCGGCGACGACCACGUGCCCUUCAUGAUGAAGGGCGUCAACAUCUUGCACAUCAUCCCCUCGCCCUUCCCCGCCGUGUGGCACCGCAUGGAGGACGACGGCGAGCACCUCGACAUGCCCACGGUGCGGGACUGGACGAGGAUCGUGACGGCCUUCACCAUGGAGUGGCUCGAUGCGAAUGAGGUGAUGGCGGAAGAGAAGGAAGGAAGUUAG